UCCUCCCCAACGGAAAUGGAAGGAGCACUUCCGGGUCGCGCAGGAAGCUGGAGCUGGCGGCGUUCCCGAGGGCCUCCAGCCGAAGCCGCUCCUUCCUUCCGGUCUUUCUGGAAGCCGCACUUUGCUCUCGGCGGGGCCGAGCGGGGACUCGGCGCGGCCGCUGCAGGUGCCCUCCGUCCUUGGGGCGGACGAGCGAGGCCCGUUUCCCGGCGGCGUCGGGGCGCGGCGCGAGCGAGCCGGGGCGGCCGGUUGCCCGGGGCCGCGGGCGCGCCGUCCCUGUGCGCUCUCUCUCUCUGUCUCUCUGUCUGUCUCUCUGGGCGACCGAGGCGCCGCCGCGCGGGUCCCCCCAUGGCGGAGACGGCCCCGAACGGCCCCCAAGGGGCGGGCGCCGUGCAAUUCCUGAUGACCAACAAACUGGACACAGCAAUGUGGCUUUCGCGCUUGUUCACAGUUUACUGCUCCGCUUUGUUUGUCCUGCCUCUUCUCGGGUUGCAUGAAGCAGCAAGCUUUUACCAGCGUGCCUUGUUGGCAAAUGCUCUUACCAGCGCUCUGAGGCUGCACCAGAGGCUGCCACACUUCCAGUUAAGCAGAGCAUUCCUGGCCCAGGCUCUAUUAGAAGACAGCUGCCACUACCUGCUGUAUUCGCUCAUCUUUGUCAAUUCCUAUCCCGUUACAAUGAGUAUUUUCCCAGUCUUGUUGUUCUCUUUGCUUCAUGCUGCCACGUAUACGAAAAAGGUCCUUGAUGCAAAGGGUUCAAAUAGUUUACCUCUGCUGAGAUCUGUCUUGGAUAAAUUAAGUGCUAAUCAACAAAAUAUUCUGAAAUUCAUUGCUUGUAAUGAAAUAUUCUUGAUGCCUGCUACAGUUUUUAUGCUUUUUAGUGGUCAAGGAAGUUUGCUCCAGCCUUUUAUAUACUAUAGAUUCCUUACUCUUCGAUAUUCCUCUCGAAGAAAUCCAUAUUGUCGGACGUUGUUCAAUGAACUGAGGAUUGUUGUUGAACAUGUAAUAAUGAAACCUGCUUGCCCGCUGUUCGUGAGAAGACUCUGCCUCCAGAGCAUAGCCUUUAUAAGCAGAUUGGCACCAACAGUUGCGUAGUCUAGCAUCCGGCUGGGCCAUACAUAUAAUAUAAGCAUUGUUAGCAGCUGGUACUUCUGCUAGGGGUUGUACAUUCCAGGUGUUCUACUGACCUCAAUCCAAUUUACAUAAUUCACAUAAAUGCAUCUCAGUGGAAAAAUAAUCAUUUUCCUGGCAUGUUAAAUCAAGCUUAAAAAGUUACCAGUAAAUUUUUCUAUGCUGUGUUGCUAAUGGUUAAGGAAGUUUGUUAUCUAGUGAUAAAUGUACCACAUUUUUUUAAAAGAUGCUGUCGUGCCUAUAUCAUGAAAUACAUUCAUUUCUCUAGUAAAAAUUAGCUCUAAGAUUUGUUUAAGCCUAGUUAGUAACCUGAAUUUAUAUUUGGCAUGAGUUUGUUAUGGUAAUAUUAACAUAGGAGAAUUCAGUAAAUUUUGAGACAGUAUUCUUCCUUUUAGUAAUUUUGGUUAGUGAUUUAAACAGAAGCACUUCCCACUGUAUUUCACCUCAAAUUGUUAUUGAAUUGAUUUUGUGCUGCUUUGUUAGGACAGGUUUAUUUUGGAUGUACCAUUAUAAGAGGAAUUCUAUAUGCAUCAUUUGCUAUGACCUAAAACUUUAUAUCCAUGAGUACUUCUGUGGCUUUGAGUAUUUUUUAAAAGGCUCAACUUGUAAGCCUUUAUCCGAUUGGAUAAAUACAUUUGAGGUCAUCUAACCAUUUUAUAACAGAAAAUAGUAACACAGCUUUCCUUUCGUAGACCCAUUGAGUAACAUUUCUCAAAUAGGAAAUCCUUCCUUGACAAAAAUGUGGACACAUAAAUUAUUAUAGUUUCUAGCAUUACCUCGUUCAGAUUGUUGACUGCCAAUUUUCUCGGUUUCCUAGGCUUGAAUUUUCAUAGACAAUUGCAGCAGUUCAGAUGCCGUUUGAAAGGAAUGUAAAUGAAGAUUGAGCAUCUGACUAUAUUUGUGUCUGUUCUGAAACAAUAAUGAAGAGUAUCCUGUAGAUUACAUAUUUAUCCAUGAAAUCUGAUUUAAAAAUGUAAUUGGAAAGGUUUAUAGGUAAGGUAACUGACUGGGAAUGGGAUGGGGGAGGAGCUGUGGGGCAGUAGUGUGCAUUUCACUCUUGUAAUGCAUACAUAAAUUUGGGGGAAUUGGAUGUAUUAUGCAACUGUGAUUUGGGUUGUGUAAGGUGUUAGAUCCCGUUCAUUGAGCUCCCAUCAACUCUUACGAAAUCCAUUCUGGUCCUCAUUACUGUUGCAUGAUUGGAAAUGUUUAAAAAUUGCACAAUUUUGGUAUAGAGUAAUGCAAUGAUUUUGUAACCAAUUUUCUUCUGUCUGCAUGUAAUUUGGAUUUCUCAAAUACAUUCAUUAGUGACUUACCAAUAACAUCAGUUUUCUUUUUGUUCAAAUUUCUAAUCUAUAAAAAGAUGAUAUUCUUAGGAUAGAUUACAAGAAAAAUUCUACUUCAUACCUUAACUAGAACCAACUAUUUUUGUAUUUUUGUAAUAUUUAUCCACUAGGUUGGAGAAGCAGCCUCAUGAUAUGCAGUUGAUUUUGUGUGUGUGUGGCUAACCUCAUUAUGUCAACUUUCUAGAGCAAUAAAGUGACUGUAAUGUUAAGUAAAUGUACUACUGAUUUCUAAUUAUGUUUUUAAGAAUUGAGUCUUGAAUUAUAGCGGGAAAUUUUGGCAGCUGAAGGCUUAUUUGUUUUAAAGUUAUUAGGGUGUUUUUUCUACAAUUUUUAUCUUUUACAUUUACAGAAGAGUUUCAAAAAUAAUAGUUUUUUUAUAUCUUUUAUUCAGCUUCCUCUUAAGUUAACAUCUUACAUAACUAUGGAAUAUUUAUGCAAAGUAAGAAAUUAAGCCUAUAACUAAAGUACAAAGCUUAUUUGAAUUUUACCAGUUUUUCCAUUUUUUAUUUUCUUUUUGUGUGCUCUGUUUUUACCAUGAUUGUCUUUUACUUUUAAAGAUCUACGUAAGUGUGUUUCUGGUUUGAGAUUUUCCUCUUUAUUUUGCAAAUUACUCUUAGUCAAAGAGAUUUCCCUAAAGAAAAUAAUUCAUGUUGGUUUUAACAAAAAUAAUUUUAACAUUAAAAUUACUACAAUAUAAAACAUUCUGCUUUAAAUCAAGGUUUUUUAUCACACAGCAGGAUUAUAUUUCUGAUAUGCUCGUGUUUGAAAGUAUAGAUUUGUUUCUUAAAGGAAGGCUUAAUAUAUAAAUAAAAUACUCUUAAACUCAUGAAAAAGUAAAUUUUACAAUUUGAGCAUUUCUAGCUGUCUAGUUUGCAUGAACUUGUUACAAAUUCUGCAGUAUGAAUAUUUGCAACCAGCUGAUUUGGCAUCUGAAAUUAUAGUGUUACAUGUAUACCUAUCAAAAUUAAGGAAAUACAAUAACAGUAUAUAGAAUGAAUGUAGUAGGAUAAGGUAACUCUUACUGCAUAGUUGAUCUUGUUUUUACUUACAGGUUUAAAAGAAGUUGAUUUAACAUCCAGAAUAUAUAAUUUUUCAGGAAGUGGUAUAGUGCCAUUGUUAUUCUGGUACUUUUAAAUAUUAAACCCUCUUGAACAAGUAGAAGUCUCAUACAAAACCCAUUUUAUUCUAGCAAGGAUUCUAUUUUCCUUUUGCAUACCUGAUUCCUUAUUAAUUUAAACUCUAUUUAACAUCAGUCUAGGGAGAACUUAGUUAAAUACAGUCUGCAUUUAAAUUUUCUUAGAAUAAAAUGUGCCGAGGCAGAUGCCCCUGGAAGAAAGCAGGCAAGAAAGCUAGCUUAAAAAAAAAAAAAAAAAUUGUAUAUUUAAGAAUAUCCCUUACAGAGGGAAGCUAAUAUUAAACUAGAAGUUAUGAAAGAUUAAUGGGUUCUGUUACAUAACUAAGAACUGCAAGGCUAUCAAUACUUCUUCCUAAAGAUUGAGAAAGAAAUUCAGAUGAAGUUUGUACAUUUAGGACCUGAAUAUUAUUUAUUCCAGAAAGGAAAAUGAGUAUAUAUGUAUUCUAAUAAGAACUGAAAGGAUAUUUUUUUUUUUUUAAGAUUUUAGAUCAGAAUGAAUAAUUUUUAGGGAUUGAGGUAAAGACCCUUAACUUAAUGCUAAGGAAUUUACUUUAAUAUAGUUAUCCUAUUAAUAACACCUCUACCCAACCCUAAAUCUCCUUAGAAUCUGCUAUCCUCAAAGCCGUCAUCCAAAUUAGACUAAUUUUGGUACUUGGUCAGGAACGGAAGCCUCGGGGGAGAAAGAAGCCCCAGACAGUUGUGCUGAUCAUCAGCAGGUGGCUCUCUUUGCUCAGGCAGCCCCCCAAUUCCACACGCUGUGCCGGAAGCUUAAAUGCCACGGAGAGUGCUGUGUCAGCCAUAAAGCUAAGGAUCUGAACUUCGUGACCCUUUUACAUGUGUGAUCACUCAAUACUGAACGAAUAUUUAGUAAGUAUUUGCUGUGAGUACACUUUUUAAAUACUGAAACGUUCACAAGAAGUACUCCGUCAACGUAUGCUUUCUAGGAAAACAGUAAAAUAGGACACAUUGGGAGUGGUGUCAUUCAGAUCACGGUCUCUCCUGUUUUUUUCUUUCCAUACUGAGUGAGUGCCUAAAUCACCUGAACACACCAAUAUACAAUUAUUCUUUCUCCUUCAUUUUCAGAUGUAUAGAAAAAUGAUACUUAAAAUUUUUUCAUCGUCAUUUUGUAGAUAACACUAUAUACAGCCAGCUUAACCUCUUUUAAAAUGCAGACUCUGCACAGUCAUAUAAAAGCAUACUGAAAUUUUGGGAUAUUGUAUCAGGAAUGGUACCUAGAUUUGAAAAUUAAGUUUGGGUUCCAUAGACAGCUGGUUUCUCUUGAGACCUCGUUGGGGUUCUCUAGGGUCAGGGCAGUCCCACAGAGGCUUUAUGAGUGCUGCCGUCCAACAGGUGGGAUUCCAAAGGCACACCUGCAUAGACCCAGGAGUUACCUCCAGAGACUGUUUUCAUGAGCAGUCUUCUUACAUUUAGGUUAGAAAGCUUUGGGGUCUGGUACUGAAGAUAAGAAAGGAGCCCCCCAGGAAAGUUUGAGAGGUGUCCUGGUUCUAAAGUGGUACUCAGGUGAGUUCUUUAGAAGGAACAUAUUCCUGUGUGUAAGAUUACCUGUAUAGUCUUUCUCUUCUUGUACGUAUAGGAAAUCUGACCUGCACUGAGCGUGAGUUGAGGUGACGAGAAAUGAAGUACAGUAUUUUUUAAAAAUCUAAAGCAGAUUCCUUUCUUAGAAAACAACAGGGAAAAAUUAUAAGUGGAUAUCUUUGUGGGAAUCUAACAAUUAACUCAUUCCAAGAGAAAGAAGGGCCUAAGAAUCAUUUCAUUUUUUCCUGUAUUAGCCAUCUGAAACUACUUUUUUGAUAGGCUCAGCACUUUGAAACUAACCUUUUUUUUCUUGUUCAUGACAGUUUAAUUCCAAACUUUUACUAUUUUCCUUUGUAACUUUAAGAUAGAACAAUUCCUUUUGAUGUUAAUUUUUGCCUGCAUACCUAUUUGUAAGUUGAGACCAAAUGGGUAGAGUCUUUGACAGGUAACAUUUAUGAUUGUAUAUAUUGGAACAAAUGUACAAGGACUGCAGAGAUUAGAAACAGUCAGAAACUGCUUGAUUUAUAAAUGCAUUACUUCUGGUGCUUUAUAUAAUAGGAUAUAUUGAACAAAAAAUUUGUGUAUAUAUAUAGUGUGUCAGCAUUUCUUAGUAACUUUUCUUGAAUCGAUUUUUAAUAUCUAAUAUUGUCCAGGUUAGGGAGUUAAAAUUCUUUAGGCCAAUACUAUAUAGAAUGUAUAAAUUUAUAAAAUAAAUUGAAAAAUUCAUCAUUCCCCCUGUAUUCAAGACCAAAGCACAUAAAUGUUAAUGUAGGGCUCAGAGGGGAAAUGCAGUUCUCCUGCAUAUUUGAGAAAAUGUGAAGUCCUUUCAAGGAAAUCUAAUAAACAUAAUCAUCACAGCCUGCUGACACUGAGGAAAAAGGGCCCCAUUCGCUCUUUCUUCCAUGCACCGAUUUACUGGUCCCUCCUGAUUUCCAAAUUGCAUCACUGUAGUAAAUUAUCCAUGCUGGUACCUGUGCAAGUGAGCCCUGGGGUCCAUAUUUGUUUUGUGUUCUGCUUAAAUCAGCAAGAAUGAUAAAUUAAAUGGUGUGAAAUUGGAAGUAUCAAGGGCUUUCUUUGGUGAUUGAGCAAAAUAAUGUCUCUACUUGUAAUUCAUUGUGACCCUUUUUCACUGUUUGUGCUUUGUAUGUCUAAUAUUUAUUUCAAUACAAAUUAAAUUGUUUCUUCGUCUGUAUUGUUAUAUCCAAGAUUUUAUUGAUGUAAAAAUCAAAUUGUGGAAUAAAAAUCUCUCUGGAUUU